AUGGGAUGUGCUUCGUUCCUCCAGGACGUGUUACUGGACGGAAACAGUCCGCCGUUUUUUUGUCAGGAUUUCCAGCAACAGCAGCAGCAGCAGCAGCAGCAGCAGCGUGCGGAAGGCGUGGGUUCAGCUGGCCUGGUGUUCGGAGGGCUGUCGUUUGACGAGUGCUCCGCCGUCUUCUUCUCCCCCAACGCACGCUGCUGCCGCAGAGCAGCCUCACUGGACCUCUCUUCUGUCACCAGCCCUCCUCCUCCUCAAGCCACCAGCGUCUUUGCUAAUGCGGCUGCUUUUAUUGCCGAGUUUCCAGUAUCCCAUGAAUCUUCCCCCAUUGCUGCUUCCCCCAUUGCUGCUGCCCCCAAUUCUGCUCUGCGCCGUGUGCUGAAGCGACCAAGGGACGACUCGUCCAAGCUGGGGUUGCAGCACAGGCAUCAGUCAGUGGCAGAACAGUUCCAACAGCAGGGGGAGAGCAGCGUCGUACAGGCAGCGGACGAAGCCCUGCUGGAGGAGCUGUUGCAGGAGGAGCAUCGGCAGCAGCAGGGAGGAGCGAGGAGCAGGGCGCAGCGGGUGUUGUGGCCGCGCGUUGGGUCGGAGGGUGCACUUCCAGACGACGUGCUGCUGGGGUGCAGCAGCGACGACCCUGCCUUCAUCCAGCACCCUGCUCUUCCAGCUCCUCCGCCCUCCCAGCUACACACAGCGCUGCCAGCGCCAAUGCCCCCCGAGGUCGCUGCUGCCCUGCCUGGCUCCGCGCCCUGCAUUGGGGAUUUCACAGUGCACCGCGGGGAGUGGCUCCGCGUUGGGUCAGAGAGUGCCCUUCCAGACGGCGUGCUGCUGAGAUUCUGCUGCGAGGACCCUGCCUUCACACAACGUGCUGCUCUCUCUGCUCCUCCUCCUCCGCCCACCCAGCCACUCGCAGCACCAAUGCCCUCGCCGCUCGCUGGUCUGCCUGGCCCGGCUGUUGACAGCACGAGCAGGUGCCUUACAGCGAUGCUUGCCGGGAGCGCGUGUGGCAUACAGGAGCAGGAAUACGUGGAUGCAUGUGUUAACGUGCUCAGCAACAUAAACAACACUGACAAUAGUGACAACAGUCUCAACACUGGCAUGCACAGUGACAAGGACAGCGGUGCGCUCUUUCUCGACACGCCCAUGGCUCACGUUCUGCUGGGUGGGAGUCCCCUUGCUGUGCCCUUGGCAAGUGGACCUCACGCUGAGGGGCCUGCCGUCCCACGUGCUGCUGCGACAGACCUGCCAGAGUGGGCGGAGGAGCAGGGAAGGUCCAGGGAAGGAGGUGCUGAGUGGCACAGGCAGCAGCAGUAUUUCACCCUGGAGGGCAUUCUUGCACAGUGGAAGCCUUGUCAGUACCUCGAGCUUGACCGCAUGCUCUCCCUGCCACCGCACCAGCCACCCCUGCAUUCACAGCCGUCGCCACAACUACGUUUAAGGCCACUCUUACAGCUACCGACACCAGCCCCUUGGCUGUCUGUGCCUUGUCAACAUGGAAGGGCGCCAACAAAUACCAUACACAUGGUUGCUCGUCAUCUGGAGAGACUGCACAGCCAGAUCCUGUAG